CGCUCUUCCUCUCCUCGUGCUUCCAAUGCGUUUGGCGCCAACACUCUCUCAUCAGGUCCCCUGGACCAUCAUGUUGAUCUGCUCUAUAUCUAUUGCCUCUUCUUCAUUUUUUUAUUCUGACCUAUAGUUUUCUAUUUGCGCUGGACGUUCUCUGCGAGCCGUCAGUCUGGAUAUUGAGUCAACCCCGCCUGGCUUAUCUAUCGCCGCUUGACUCGGACCGGCGAUACUCUAAUCAUCUCAUUAUCAAUCCCGCUACUCUACCUGUAAUGCCAUCAUCGCUUGAGUCAGCUUCAAAUUGGGAUCUCACUCCGGUGAUCAAUCUCCUUCGCACACCGACCUACGGUACCGGUAGCCCGUCUAUUCCUUAUCGCCACCCUGAGCCUGUCCCUGUUUCUCGGUCGACUCGGGAGCCAAACAGGAACGAUGUUUACGUUUCCGCUGCGCACGCGCUCGACUUAAGGCCUGCGGAGGGUGGUCCUCCACGGCUGGGAGACUUUGGUUCUCUUUGGGAGCUUCUGGGCAGUACUGGCAUCCCAUCCGCUCGCCCACAGGUUGAACCUCGUGAAGCCCUACGGAGCACACCCAACCCGCCGCCACAACCAGCCAAACAGAUUGAGAUCCUUAAACGACCUUUGAAUAAUCACGCGAGCCCUGCAGGUCCAGAUCAGGUGCCCCCUCGUACACCAGCAAAGCCUAUACCUGUUUCCGGUGUCUCUAAAUCCCGUAGCUUGCAGACCAAGGUCGCAGCCGGGAAGAGCGCUCAUGGUAACCGCGAUGCUACACUAAGUAAACGCGCAUAUGAAUCUAGCACGUCUGAGAGCGCCGUGGAGGCCGAAUCCGACGGUAACCUCAGCGUCUUUGAUCCCCCUCUGUCGAAGAAGGGUAGCGUCCUGUCGCUCGUCCCUCCGCAGGUAGGCACGGCGGGUGCCGUGUCUGACCCAUACGAAACUCCGCCAUCAUCCUAUGACGAGACUAUUGAGAUAUCUCCGUCGAAGAUUGUGAAGAACGCUCCUAGCUCUAGCACUAUCCGCGUACAACCUAUCUCGUACCGAUCGGCCGCGGAUCGGAGGGUUGGUCUCUUGACCAAGCUUCUAAAGAAUUUCCCCGACUACGCCGAUGCUGUCACCCAAGUGGGACGGCCUUUAAACCCCAAGAAGACGGAUGUCACCUGUCAUCCUAUCCAUGUCUUUGUUGACAUGUCCAAUAUCAUGGUUGGAUUUCACGACACCGUGAAGCUAUCGCGCAAAAUCCCGGUGAAAACACGGAUCCGCCGAUUGCCUCUAUCAUUCCAGAAUUUCUCUUUGAUUCUCGAGCGCGGUCGGCCCACCGCCAAAAGGGUUUUGGUGGGCUCUGACCGAUUUGCUGCCAUCACCGAAGGCGAACAGCUUGGCUACGAGACGAACAUCCUCGACCGGGUCCACAAGGUCAAACACAUGACUCCUCGUCAAAUGAGGUUCCGCAAGAAUCCGCGAGCAGGCCCCCACGACCCCGGGAGUGGUUCAGAAACGAACGAUGCACUGGGGGAGCGGUGGGUUGAGCAGGGUGUGGACGAAAUUCUGCAUCUGAAGAUUCUGGAAAGUCUGUUGGAUACGGACGACCCAGCCACCAUUGUGUUAGCCACGGGAGACGCGGCGGAAGCCGAGUUCUCAGGCGGGUUUAUGAAGAUGGUGGAGCGGGCGCUGACUCGGGGAUGGGCCGUGGAGCUGGUGAGCUUCAGCCAGGUGACGAGUUAUGCUUAUCGCCGGAAGGAAUUCCGGGCGAAAUGGGGGAAUCGGUUUCGGAUGGUUGCGUUGGAUGAAUAUAUUGAAGAGCUGCUUGACAUGUAGCUGAGAUUGGAUCACUGCUGGCAGGCUUGUUGAUUGAUUUAAUAGUGGUUGAUGGUGGUUGAUAAUUUGUUGAUGGCCUUUAUGGUGAGCCAUGCAGAAAGGCGGCCUUGAAUUCUAAGUACCUAGAUAGUUAUGCAUCCCAUGGCUUAUAUUCUGAUCGCUGUAUUGCUAGACGUUGCACUUCACUUCAUCUGGGGUAGGAAGUGACCAAUUAAUAAUCCAUCCCGG